GCUGUCAUGUAGCUGGCCUUGUUGCUGGUGUAUCGAGCCUGCAGACGGAUGGAGGAGAAUACUCAUAAUUCAUCAACACAAUAAAGUUUCGGAGCGGCGAGAAAACAACCCGGGAAAGGCAUCCGCCGGAAACGGCUCCGCCAGGUGUGCGUCAGUGCAGAUGGACAGAUGCUUUCGGAGUGACGCUGCCGGUGUCUGCUGCACAGAUGUUGCAGAUUGAAGAAGAGGUUCCCUGGAGCAUGAGUCUGGACCAGCAGGACCUCCUCCAUAUUAAGGAGGAACAGGAGGAACUGCUCAGUGGGCUGGAGGAGGCUGAUAUCAACAGGUUCUCAGUCAGUGCUAUUACUGUGAAGAGUGAAGAUGAUGAAGACAGACACCAGUUCUCACAGAUUUGUCAGAGCCCAGCUGAAGACAAAAGAGAGGCAGAGUGUCCAGCCGUGUCUUCUUUUGCUGCUGCUGAGGAGUCACAGCUUGCAGAUGUUCAGCAGAUCUUGGUGAUUAAAGAAGAGUUUCCUUGGAGCUCAAGUCUGGACCCAGACCUCCUCCACAUUAAGGAGGAACAGGAGGAAUGCUUACCUGGUCAUGAGGAAGAGCAGCUUCAUAGGCCAGAGGACGAUGAUAUCACCAGGUUCCCAUUCACUUCUGUUUCUGUAAAGAGUGAAAAUGAUGAAGAGAAACCUCAGCUCUCACAGCUUCAUCAGAGUCCAACUGAUGACAACAGAGAGGCAGACACUCUAACCAGCAGCUCACCUAAGCAGAUAAAAACAGAAACAUAUCGAGAGGAUUGUGAAGGAUCAGAACCAGCUCGGACCCCAUAUCUGAACAGUCAUUUACAACCGAGUACUGAUGGAAAGGUUUCAGACUCUUAUGAAACUGAAGUCAGUAUUGAUGAGGAGGAGGAGGACAAUGAUGAUGAUUGGCAGGAACAUUCAGAUUCUGAACUUGAAACAGAAGACAGUGACAGUGGCUGUAAAGAGAGCAACACUAAUGAGUCAGGUAUAAAAGGUGAUAUGACAAGUCAGGCAAUAGAAAGGUCUACCAACUGUCUGGUUAGUAAGAAAUUUUUUAGGGCGAAGCAGAAUGCAGAGUCAAAGAUGAUAGGCCUCACAGGAGAGAAACCAUUUGGUUGUGAUGUUUGUAAAAAAAGAUUUAGAGAUCUGUAUAAUUUUAAUAGACACAUGAGAGGUCACACGGGAGAGAAGCCAUUUAGCUGUGAUGUUUGCGAAAAAAAAUUUAGAGACCAGUAUUAUCUUAAGACACACAUGAGAAUCCACACAGGAGAGAAGCUUUUCACUUGCAGUGUUUGUGGUAAAAGAUUUACACAGAGUUUAAAUUUCAAGACACACAUGAGAAUCCACACAGGAGAGAAACCAUUUAGUUGUGAAUUCUGUGGUAAAAGAUUUAACCAAGAGGGAAAUCUGAAGAUGCACAAAAGACUGCACACAGGAGAGAAACCAUUUGGUUGUGAUUUUUGUGGCAAAAGAUUUCAUCAAGAGGGAAAUCUGAAGAUGCACAAAACACUCCAUACAGGAGAGAAACCGUUUGGUUGUGUGGUGUGUCAUAAAAGAUUUUCACAACUAGGUGAUCUAAAAAGACAUGAGACUGUGCAUGCAGGAGACAAACCAUUUAACUGUAGUAUUUGUGGUAUAAAUUUUACCCAGAAAAAGUAUUUUGAGAGGCACAUGAACAUUCAUUCAGGAGAGAGGCCAUUUGGUUGUGAUGUUUGUGGUAAAAGAUUUAACACUAAGAGAAAUCUCGAGAUGCAUACUAGAGUCCAUACAGGAGAGAAACCAUUUGGUUGUGAUGUUUGUAGUAAAAGAUUUUCACAGAUGGGGAUUUUAAGGCGACAUAUGAAAGUUCACACAGCAGAGAGACCAUUUGGUUGCGAUGUUUGCAGUAGAAGAUUUAACUGCAAGCGGAAUCUUGACACACACAUGAGAGUCCACACAGGAGAGAAACCAUUUGUUUGUGAUGUCUGCGGUAAUCAGUUUUCACAACUAGGAAUUUUGAAGAGACACAUGGUAGUUCACACAGGAGAGAAACCAUUUAGUUGUGAUGUUUGUAAUAAAAAAUAUUCACGAUUAGAGGAUCUAAAAAGGCACAAGAGUAUCCACACAUAAAAAAACGAAACAUGCAGCUGUGGUGUUUCUCCUGAAAGAUUUAACUGUAAAAAAAAAUUUCAAGAUACACUGGAGGAAAACUCUUUCACUGUGGUCUGCAGAGACACAUGAAAUCCCACCCUCUGACUGUGGUGAAAGAUUAACCCCUUAACACCGAACAUGUCAGCAUUGUCACAACGUGUUUCAAAUGUCCUGCCAUUUGCGGACUUCUGGCAACAAUUACCAUAAUAACCUUAUGUUGGCUGUGAAGCGCAAUGUCUCAGUUUUCAGAAACCAUUUGAAUUUUUCCAAUAGAACAAACCGUCGCAUGAUGCAAAAUAUGUGAUCAGAUGUUUUGGUGGUGAGACGCUCGGUGUUACAAGCUGUUAAAGGCAGGUAACAGGUGUAUCAGCAGCGAUGCCCCAGUGUUAAAGGGUUAAUGAAAGUAUUCUGUUGAUUAGGUGCAACAAUAACAACACAUUUACUUAUAUUAUGAAAUCACAAAAAAAUCUCUCUUUGCUUGAUUUUUUUAAUCCAAGAUUUUAACCUUGACCAAAUCUGUAUUUACUUUCAUGACACUUAUUAUGUUGUAUAAAUCAUAUAUCAUUUGCUACAUAUCUUAAAUAUGCAACAUUAUUUUGUAGUAAAACUGCAAUGGAACUGAUCUGGAAAUACAUAAAGUAUUUAUUUUCAGUGAUUUCUGACAUCAUGUUUAGGUGACCACAGUAGAAAGUUUUCCAGGGGCCAGAGCCUGCAUUAAAUUGGACUGGAAACCACUGGCUAUAGGUGUAAACAUGAAUAUACUAAGUGUACACACACUAGGCCUUUCGUAUUGUGUCUGGUCAUGUUUGGUCCCCCAAAUCCAGUUGGUUUGACUAAUGUAAUCACUGCACAGCUAAGUGUACCACUUUCAGAGGGCCUGGGCACAGUGCUCAUGUAAAGUGAUUGCUAACUAUGCCAAAACAUGGAACUCCAGAACUUUAACUAAUUAAAAAAUCUAUAAUCAAUGUGAGAGAACAUUGUCACGGCUUCUCAAAAUGGUCCCAUUUUUGCCACAAAAGCAUCUGUGGGUGUGAUAGAGAGAGCGUGCGAGUGCAAGAGAGCCAAGCUGAGAUGUUUAGAAUAACUGAAGUGUACUCAGACCUGGAUCGUAGUGUCAGCUCAGGCCAGUGGAAGAGUGAAGGACAUUUGUGUUCAGGAAAGGUACAAGGUGCACUGUAAGACUGUUACUGUCAGCAGUAAUAAUGCCAAAGUAACUUUAUUAACAUUAAAGUUAAUAUUGAAUCACUCUGUAACAGAACAAUGUGAGAUUUGCCUCACCUGAUCUCUCACUGGUGUGGGCACACCCAGUCACAUUUCAUUGUUCAAAUUGUAGAAAGCUGUGAGAUGUCCAGAAAAAAUUUACUUUAAUAAGUAGUUGGAAAAUUUUCUACCUGGUUUGGUUAGAAAAGCUGGCCCCUAUCACUUUGAUUUAAGCAGCUCUCAAUUUUAAAGAGAGAUGACAUAUUUUGGGUGAUCUUCACAAGGAGGAAUUAUAUCUUAAAUUUUACUAGAUGAACACUCAGUCUGUUUUGAAAUGUAAGAAUGUUUGGAGACACUUUGUGAAAACAAAAGCUGUGUAACAAGUGUACAGGAUUGAGAUGCACAGUGGAGCACAUUGAGGGGCUUUUUUUUCAGUUAUAUUAAGCACACAAAGUAAAAAUGUGAUGCAAAGUAAUCAUUGACUGCUUCAGAAAUGUAGAAAAGUGGCUUAAAAUGUGAAAUACAGAAAUAUGGUUGCAUGCUUUUGAAAGUAAACACGCAUCGAAUUGCUAACAUCUCUGCACUUAUAUUAUUCAAGUGAAGAUAUUAAUCAAGUCACAGCUAUAUAAACGCAUUAAAAGCUCUUGUAGCAGUAUGAGACAUGAUCAUUGUUGUAUGUCUACAUAUAUAAUUUGCUUACAUGUAAUAGUCUUCUUUGUUCUAUGUGUAACUGUCAUCUGACUUGUGUAUGCACGCUCUUGCAGUACACAGGAAUUUGCACCUGGAGCUGUGAAACAUAGACUGAGCUUUUAGGGAGACUGAGUAGAUUCUUCUGUGGUAUGUUUGAGUAAACCUUGUUUUGUCAUUGAUGAACUGCAGACAUUGUAUGCAUGUGAUAACCAAGCUUUAAACAGUGAGGGUUUCCCUUUCUUUGUUCUCAGACCUUAUUUGGUCUA